AUGGGGGACUCCCUAGAUGGGAGUGAAAAUGCUCCGGACUCACAAAAUGUCGUUGCGGUCGAUUUUCAAAACUUUGCAAAUUACCUUCGCCGAGCCGCAACGGUACUUUUACCUGAAGAUGAUGUACCACCACCAGCGCUGAAUGCGGCACUUGACGAUAAAGUGAAUCAAGACUGUAUUAAAAAGUUUAUCUCCGACCCGCAGGUGUCCUCAUUGUAUGUUCAGAGAUUCUCAUCCAAAGAAGAUGACAAUGAACAGCCCACUGAAGGUGAAGAGGAAAAAGAGGCUGUCACAUAUCAAAUCAAUAAUGAGGUCCACUUCACAUCUCCUCGUGUGGCUGCCUUUGUCUGUGUUAAGAGAGGUGCUGUUAUUGAAGCAGACAAGUCUAUUCAUAGUCAGCUACGUCUCAUCAACUUGUCUGAUGGCUCCCCUUAUGAAACAUUGCAUGCCUUCAUCAGUAAAACUAUGGCACCUUUCUUCAAAAGUUAUGUCAAAGAAAGUGGCAGAGCUGAUAGAGAUGGAGAUAAAAUGGCGCCAUCUGUGGAGAAGAAAAUAGCUGAACUAGAGAUGGGUCUUUUACAUCUUCAACAAAACAUUGACAUCCCAGAAAUCACAUUGCCAGUGCAUCCCUUAGUUGCAGCUGUCAUCAAAAGAGCUGCUGAUGAAGGUCGUAAGCCUCGCGUAGCUGACUUUGGAGAUAAAGUUGAGGACUCCACAUUUCUCAAUCAACUACAGAAUGGAGUCAACCGAUGGAUCAAAGAAAUUCAGAAAGUUACAAAACUAGACAGAGAUCCAUCUAAUGGAACAGCACUGCAAGAAAUCUCUUUCUGGCUGAACUUAGAAAGAGCUCUCCAUCGCAUUCAAGAGAAACGGGAAAGCAUCGAGGUGGCAUUAACACUAGAAAUCCUCAAGUAUGGCAAACGGUUUCAUGCGACGGUGUCUUUUGAUACCGACACUGGCUUAAAGCAAGCACUUGCUACUGUAUCAGACUACAACCCGCUGAUGAAAGAUUUUCCCAUCAAUGACCUUCUCAGUGCUACUGAACUGGAAAGGAUUAGAUUAGCAGUGCAGCAAAUAUUUUCCCAUCUGCGCAAGAUUCGCUCUACUAAGUAUCCCAUUCAGCGUGGCUUGAGACUUGUGGAAGCAAUCUCCCGGGAUCUUGGACAACAACUUCUCAAGGUGCUGGGCACUAGAAGGCUGAUGCAUAUACCGUUUGAAGACUUUGAACGUGUCAUGACGCAAUGCUUCGAGGUAUUCUCUUGCUGGGAUGAUGAGUACGAGAAACUUCAAGGACUUUUACGUGAUAUUGUGAAAAAGAAACGUGAUGAACAUCUGAAGAUGGUAUGGCGUGUUUCACCCUCCCAUAAGCGGUUACAAGCGCGCAUGGAACACAUGCGUCGAUUCCGUCGUCACCAUGAGCAACUACGUACCGUCAUGCUUAGGGUACUUCGCCCUCGAGCCACGGUAGCCGCUGAAGCAGGAGCGGGCAGUGAACCAGCUCAGCCACACUCUCUGCCCAUGGACGCUGCCGAUGCUAACGCCAUCGCUGAGGUCAACUUGGCAUAUGAAAACGUGAAGGAGGUCGACUGUUUAGAUAUCUCACGUGAAGGCUGCGAUGCAUGGGAAGCAGCUGUACGCCGUUAUGAAGACAGAAUCGAUCGAGUGGAGACUCGCAUCACUGCUCAUCUACGGGACCAGCUGGGUACGGCGAAGAACGCCAACGAAAUGUUCCGCAUAUUCUCGCGGUUUAACGCGCUAUUUGUUCGGCCUCAUAUUCGUGGCGCCAUACGCGAAUAUCAAACCCAACUCAUACAACGUGUCAAAGACGACAUAGAAACACUUCACGAAAAGUUUAAGGUGCAAUACCCUCAGUCAAAAUGCAGCCGUCUGUCUCUGGUGCGUGAUUUACCACCGGUAGCUGGUUCCAUUAUCUGGGCGAAACAGAUCGAUCACCAACUUACUGCUUACUUGAAGAGAGUUGAGGAUGUUCUUGGCAAGGGUUGGGAGAAUCACAUAGAAGGUCAGAAGCUGAAAGCUGACGGUGACAGCUUCCGUCUCAAAUUGGACACUCAAGAAGUUUUCGAUGAUUGGGCUCGGAAAGUGCAACAACGCAAUCUCGGUGUGACUGGUCGAAUCUUCGCUAUUGAGUCUGUGCGAGCUCGUUCCAGCAAAACUGGAACUAUUCUGAAAUUGAAAGUUAACUUCCUUCCGGAAAUUAUCACUCUAUACAAGGAAGUCCGCAAUCUGAAGAACUUAGGAUUUAGAGUUCCAUUGGCGAUAGUCAACAAAGCUCACCAAGCCAAUCAACUGUAUCCAUUCGCUAUCUCGCUCAUCGAAAGCGUUCGAACAUAUGAACGUACCCUGGAAAAGAUUCGUGACAAAGCAUCCAUUAUCCCGCUAGUGGCUAGCUUACGACGGGACGUCCUCAAUCAAGUCUCCGAGGGUAUGGCGCUUGUAUGGGAGUCAUACAAACUUGAUCCUUAUGUGCAGAAGCUUAGCGAAGUAGUACUUUUGUUCCAAGAAAAGGUGGAAGAUUUAUUAGCAGUAGAAGAACAGAUUUCGGUGGACGCACGCUCGCUUGAAACAUGCCCGUAUUCGGCCACUAGUCUAGCGGAUAUACUAAGUCGUCUGCAACGAGCCAUCGACGAUUUGUCGCUACGACAGUACAGCAACUUGCAUCUGUGGGUUCAACGUCUGGAUGAAGAGGUCGAGAAGAGUUUGGCGGCUCGUUUGCAAGCUGGCGUGGAAGCGUGGACCGCGGCUUUGCUCGGCAAAAUCAACGAGCUCGACUUGUCUAUGGACACAUAUUCCCCUGCAGAACCUACUCAUAAGCCUGGUGGUGAACCGCAGAUUGCUCGCGUAGUACACGAGGUGCGCAUCACCAAUCAGCAAAUGUAUCUUUUCCCGUCUUUGGAAGAAGCUCGUUUCCAACUCAUGCGACAGAUGUUCGCAUGGCAGGCUAUCGUUACUUCUCAACACCGAUUGCAAAGCACCAGAUACCAAGUGGGUGUUUCUCGUGCACAGACCGCCACUUACAGGAACUUAUUGACUAAGUUACCAGGAGGUUCGUCUCCCUUGGAAAAUGCAUACGAUGCCAUCGAACAGAAGAUCUCACAAGUUCGCGAAUAUGUGGAUGAAUGGCUACGCUAUCAAGCUUUAUGGGAUCUGCAGCCUGAAAGUCUGUAUGGACGACUCGGAGAAGAUAUCACUUUGUGGAUCAAAUGCUUGAAUGAUAUCAAGAAAUCGCGCACUACGUUCGACACGUCUGACACACGCCGUGAAUAUGGGCCAGUAGUGAUCGACUUCGCUCGCGUGCAGAGUAAAGUAGCACUUAAGUACGACGCGUGGCACAAGGAAGUACUCGGCAAGUUCGGAGCCCUACUCGGCGGCGAAAUGGUGCAGUUCCACUCGCGACUCGCCAAGUCGCGCGGCCAGCUAGAACAGCAGACUAUAGAAGCUGCAUCGACCAGCGACGCUGUAUCUCUUAUUACAUACGUGCAACAGCUCAAGAGAGAAGUUCUUGCAUGGGAAAAGCAAGUAGAUGUCUACCGCGAAGCUCAACGCAUAUUGGAACGUCAAAGAUUCCAGUUUCCGGCUCAGUGGCUGCACGUAGAUAACAUCGAAGGGGAAUGGAGCGCUUUCAAUGAAAUAAUGCGUAGAAAAGAUUCGUCUAUUCAAACCCAAGUGGCGUCCCUGCAACAGAAGAUAGUAGCCGAAGAUAAAGCUGUAGAGACUCGCACGUCAGAGUUUCUGAGCGAGUGGGAGCGCAGCAAGCCUACUGAUGGCUCCACGAGACCUGAAGAUGCACUGGCUCGUCUGCAAGCGAUGGAGGCACGAUAUACACGCUUGAAGGAUGAGCGUGAUAACGUUGCCAAGGCUAAAGAAGCAUUGGAACUUCACGACACAGGUACUUCAGUAAACAACGAGCGCAUGACAGUGGCUUUGGAAGAAUUGCAAGAUUUGCGUGGUGUGUGGUCUUCGCUUAGUAAGAUCUGGACUCAGAUCGAUGACAUCCGAGAGAAACCGUGGUUGUCUGUUCAACCUAGGAAACUACGGCAACAACUCGAAGCCAUGCUUAACGAAUUGAAAGAGCUACCAGCUCGCCUUCGUAUGUAUGACAGCUAUGAGUACGUUCGCAGACUACUGCAAUCCUACACCAAGGUGAACAUGUUGAUAGUGGAGCUAAAAUCGGACGCGCUAAAAGAGCGCCACUGGCGUCAACUGUGUAGAGCACUGAAGGUGGACUGGUCGCUGUCCGAGUUGACACUGGGGCAAGUGUGGGACGCCGAUCUGUUGCAUAAUGAGCAUACUGUCAAAGAUGUCGUCUCUGUCGCACAGGGUGAGAUGGCCCUCGAAGAAUUCUUGAAACAGGUUCGCGAGUCGUGGCAGAGCUACGAAUUAGAUUUGAUCAACUAUCAGAACAAGUGCAAGAUAAUACGCGGUUGGGAUGACCUCUUCAACAAAGUCAAGGAGCACAUCAACAGUGUCGCUGCGAUGAAACUCUCACCUUAUUACAAGGUAUUCGAAGAAGAAGCCCUGACUUGGGAGGAGAAACUGAAUCGUAUCAACGCGCUAUUCGACGUUUGGAUUGACGUACAACGUCGCUGGGUAUACCUAGAGGGGAUAUUCAGUGGUUCAGCUGACAUUAAGACUUUAUUGCCGGUGGAAACCAGCCGUUUUCAGAGUAUCAGCUCUGAAUUCCUGGGAUUGAUGAAGAAAGUGAGUAAGUCACCGAUGGUAAUGGAUGUUCUGAAUAUACCGGGCGUUCAGCGGUCAUUGGAGAGGCUCGCAGACUUAUUAGGCAAGAUACAGAAGGCGCUCGGUGAAUAUCUAGAACGAGAGAGAAGCAGCUUCCCGCGCUUCUACUUUGUGGGUGACGAAGAUUUGCUUGAAAUCAUCGGCAAUAGCAAGAACAUCGCGCGAUUACAGAAACAUUUCAAGAAGAUGUUUGCCGGCGUCGCCGCCAUUAUACUCAACGAAGACAACACCGUCAUCAACGGCAUAGCUUCUAGAGAGGGAGAAGAAGUGUAUUUCACAUCACCGGUAUCUACAAUAGAGAACCCGAAGAUCAACUCAUGGUUGUCUAUGGUCGAACGUGAGAUGCGCGUGACAUUGGCUUGCCGUUUGAAAGACGCAGUGGGUGACGUGAAACAGUUCAAGGAUGGAAACGUUGAUCCACAAAAAUUCAUCGAAUGGUGUGAUAAGUACCAAGCCCAAAUCGUGGUGUUAGCUGCUCAGAUCCUAUGGUCUGAAGAUGUAGAAGCUGCUUUAGCCAGUGGUGGGGGAGAUGGUCUGAAGCGAGUGCUAGCACACGUCGAGAAUAUGCUCAACAUAUUAGCUGACUCCGUACUUCAAGAACAACCACCACUUAGAAGGAAGAAACUCGAACACCUGAUCAAUGAAUUCGUGCACAAACGUACGGUGACUCGUCGACUGAUCGCAUCGGAUGUGAACAGCCCACGUAGCUUCGAGUGGCUCUGCGAAAUGAGAUUCUAUUUCGACCCUAGGAACAAUGAUGUACUACAACAACUGACCAUCCACAUGGCGAAUGCCAAAUUCCUCUAUGGGUUCGAAUACUUGGGGGUACAAGACCGCCUCGUUCAGACCCCGUUGACUGAUCGCUGCUAUCUGACUAUGACCCAAGCUCUGGAAGCUCGACUUGGAGGAUCGCCGUUCGGUCCCGCUGGCACGGGUAAAACGGAAUCAGUGAAAGCUCUGGGCAACCAACUUGGUCGGUUUGUUCUAGUAUUCAAUUGCGAUGAAACCUUCGACUUCCAGGCUAUGGGUCGAAUCUUUGUUGGGUUAUGCCAGGUCGGAGCCUGGGGUUGCUUCGACGAGUUCAAUCGUCUCGAAGAAAGAAUGUUGUCAGCUGUAUCUCAGCAAGUUCAGACCAUUCAAGAAGCACUCAAGAGCCAUCAAGAGGGCGAUAAUACGGGCAAAUCGAUAUCAGUAGAACUAGUAGGCAAACAAGUCCGUGUAAGUCAAGACAUGGCUAUCUUCAUCACUAUGAACCCUGGUUACGCGGGCCGUUCAAACUUGCCGGACAAUCUUAAGAAACUGUUCCGCAGUUUGGCUAUGACGACGCCCGAUCGACAACUCAUUGCCGAAGUUAUGUUGUUCAGUCAAGGAUUCAGAACAGCCGAAAAAUUGGCCUGCAAAAUCGUGCCCUUCUUCAAACUUUGUGAUGAACAACUAUCAAAUCAAUCGCACUACGACUUCGGCUUGCGAGCCCUAAAAUCGGUGCUUGUAUCAGCUGGUAACGUGAAACGAGAUCGUAUACAAAAGAUUAAGGAGAACCUUGUCGAAAGAGGUAAUGAAGUGCCAGACGAAGCGUCCAUAGCCGAAUCCCUGCCGGAACAAGACAUCUUGAUCCAGUCGGUAUGCGAGACCAUGGUACCCAAGCUGGUCGCAGAGGAUAUACCGCUGCUCUUCUCACUACUAAACGAUGUCUUCCCCAACGUGGGAUACACCAGAGCUGAGAUGACUGGUUUGAAGAACGAAAUUCGCGCUGUUUGUGCUGAAGAAUUCCUUGUGUGUGGAGAAGGAGAUGAACAAGGUUCCACAUGGAUGGAAAAGGUCUUGCAGUUAUACCAAAUUUGCAAACUCAACCAUGGGCUAAUGAUGGUGGGUCCAUCUGGCAGCGGCAAAUCUACUGCCUGGCGUGUUUUGCUGAAAGCUCUGGAGAGGUUUGAAGGUGUGGAAGGAGUAGCUCACGUGAUUGAUCCAAAAGCGAUGUCAAAGGAGACUUUAUACGGUGUACUGGAUCCUAAUACCCGCGAAUGGACAGACGGUCUUUUCACCCACAUUCUAAGGAAAAUCAUUGACAACGUGCGUGGUGAAAUCAACAAACGUCAAUGGAUCAUCUUCGACGGUGACGUGGAUCCCGAGUGGGUAGAGAAUCUGAACUCGGUGCUAGACGAUAACAAACUGCUCACUUUGCCAAACGGCGAGCGUCUUUCGCUGCCACCUAAUGUCCGAGUCAUGUUUGAGGUACAAGACUUGAAGUACGCCACCUUGGCCACUGUGUCGCGUUGCGGCAUGGUUUGGUUCUCACAGGAUGUCCUCACCACUGAAAUGAUAUUCGAAAACUAUCUUAUGAGACUCAGGAAUAUACCACUGGAAGAUGGCGAAGAAGAUUCUUUCAGUAUUGUAAUGGCAGCUCCCACCGCUGGCGGUGAUCAAAAUGCUACUGAAAAUAUUCUUUCACCAGCACUACAGACGCAACGCGAUGUAGCGUCGAUACUUCAGCCGUUGUUCUUCGGUGAUGGACUGGUGGUGAAAUGCUUGGAACGUGCGGCGACUCUCGACCACAUUAUGGAUUUCACUCGUCACCGAGCACUGUCCUCACUCCACUCGAUGCUCAAUCGCGGCGUCCGGAACAUUCUUGCUUAUAAUCGACAACACCCCGAUUUCCCUAUUACUAACGAGCAACUAGAAGCAUAUGUGCCCAAGUGGCUCGUAUACUCUUUGCUGUGGUCGUUCGCCGGUGACGCCAAAUUAAAGGACCGCAACGAACUUGGCGACUUUAUUAGAUCAGCCAGUACUAUGCAGCUACCAAAUUGCGGAGCCAAUCAACACAUCAUUGACUUCGAGGUUUCGAUAACUGGUGAAUGGGUGCCUUGGUCGGCUAAAGUACCACAGAUAGAGGUAGAAACGCAUAAAGUGGCCGCGCCCGACGUAGUGGUGCCCACUCUCGAUACUGUGCGCCACGAGGCACUUCUCUAUACCUGGCUAGCUGAGCAUAAGCCUUUGGUACUAUGCGGUCCUCCUGGCUCUGGUAAGACCAUGACACUAUUUUCUGCGUUGAGAGCACUACCAGACAUGGAAGUGGUGGGGCUCAACUUCUCGUCGGCCACCACGCCUGAACUGCUCCUCAAAACCUUUGAUCAUUACUGCGAAUACAGAAAGACACCUAACGGCGUAGUACUGGCACCUGUUCAGCUGGGCAAGUGGCUGGUGUUGUUCUGUGAUGAAAUCAAUUUGCCAGAUAUGGACCAGUACGGCACACAGCGCGUCAUCUCAUUCUUGAGACAACUACUUGAACACAAGGGAUUCUAUAGAGCUAGCGAUCACUCUUGGGUACAUCUGGAGCGCAUCCAGUUCGUGGGCGCGUGUAAUCCUCCCACGGACCCCGGCCGCAAGCCGCUGUCGCAUCGUCUACUGCGACACGUACCUGUCAUAUAUGUAGACUAUCCCGGCGAGACAUCUCUCGAACAGAUUUACGGCACGUUCACUCGUGCUAUGCUAAGAAUGCAGCCGGCUUUACGCGGGUACGCUGAACCGUUGACGCAGGCAAUGGUCCGUCUGUACCUCGCGUCACAGGAGCGGUUCACGCAGGAUAUGCAGCCGCAUUAUGUGUACUCGCCAAGAGAGAUGACGCGAUGGGUUCGAGGCAUAUGCGAGGCUAUCAGACCUCUAGACAACUUAUCCGUGGAAGGCCUUGUACGCUUGUGGGCGCACGAAGCUCUACGCUUGUUCCAAGACCGUCUUGUUGAAGAUUCGGAAAGGCAAUGGACAGACGAAAACAUCGAUACUGUAGCCAUGAGAUUCUUCCCAGGUAUCAACAGAGAGCAAGCAUUAGCGCGUCCCAUUCUAUACAGCAAUUGGCUAAGCAAAGACUACGUACCUGUACUAAGAGACCAGCUACGUGAAUAUGUCAAAGCUAGACUGAAGGUGUUCUAUGAAGAAGAAUUGGACGUUCCCCUCGUUCUGUUCGACGAAGUACUGGAUCACGUGUUGCGUAUCGAUCGUAUUUUCCGCCAACCUCAGGGGCAUUUAUUGCUCAUUGGUGUUUCUGGUGCGGGCAAAACUACCCUCAGUCGUUUCGUCGCUUGGAUGAACGGUCUUAGUAUCUUCCAGAUAAAAGUUCAUAACAAAUACACGGGCGCGGACUUCGACGAAGAUCUGCGUACUGUACUGCGACGCGCUGGAUGCCGCGACGAAAAGCUCGCGUUCAUAUUGGAUGAAUCUAACGUACUCGACAGCGGCUUCCUUGAGCGAAUGAAUACGCUACUCGCUAACGGAGAGGUUCCUGGGUUGUUCGAAGGCGACGAAUUUGCUGCUCUCAUGACUCAAUGUAAGGAGGGAGCUCAAAGGGAAGGUCUAAUGUUGGACUCAAACGAUGAGCUGUACAAAUGGUUUACUGGUCAGGUGAUGCGCAAUUUACACGUCGUGUUUACCAUGAAUCCGUCGUCUGAAGGGCUGAAGGAUCGCGCGGCGACAUCGCCAGCUCUGUUCAAUCGCUGUGUACUCAACUGGUUCGGUGAUUGGAGCGAUGGGGCACUGUUCCAAGUUGGUAAAGAGUUCACUAGUCGGAUGGACCUCGACUCUGCCGAGUACGUGCCGCCGGAUUUGUUCCCGGCGGCGUGCGGGGAGGUGGGCGCGCGGCCGUCGCACCGGGAGGCGGUCGUGAACGCGUGCGUGUACGUGCACCAGACGCUGCACCAGGCCAACGCGAGGCUGGCCAAGCGGGCCAACCGGACCAUGGCCAUCACGCCCAGACAUUACCUAGAUUUUAUCCAGCAAAUGGUGAAACUGUAUGCUGAGAAACGAGCCGAUCUAGAAGAACAGCAGUUGCAUUUGAAUGUGGGGCUCGGCAAGAUAGCAGAGACCGUCGAACAGGUUGAGGAAAUGCAAAAGAGUCUUGCUGUCAAAUCACAGGAAUUACAAGCUAAAAACGAAGCCGCUAACGCUAAACUUCGACAAAUGGUCAAAGAUCAGCAAGAAGCUGAAAAGAAGAAGGUUGAAAGUCAGGAAAUUCAGGUUGCUUUAGAAAAACAAACCAAGGAAAUUGAAGCGAAACGAAGAGAUGUAAUGGCGGACUUAGCGCAAGUAGAACCUGCUGUUAUCGAAGCGCAAAACGCUGUGCGGUCUAUCAAGAAGCAGCAGUUAGUGGAGGUGCGAUCUAUGGCAAAUCCACCGUCCGUAGUGAAGAUGGCACUGGAGUCUAUAUGCACGCUGCUCGGAGAGAAGGGUGACACCUGGAAGGGAAUCCGUUCCGUCGUCAUGAAGGACAACUUCAUAUCCACCAUCGUCAACUUCGAAACUGAGAAUAUCACUGACGAUGUACGCGAGAAAAUGAGGACUCGUUAUUUAAGCAAUCCAGAUUAUAACUUCGAAAAAGUCAACCGAGCUAGUAUGGCUUGCGGUCCUAUGGUUAAAUGGGCUAUAGCUCAGAUCGAAUACGCCGAUAUGUUGAAACGUGUGGAACCUCUUCGCAAUGAACUGAAAGCGCUAGAAGACCAAGCACAAAGCAACGUGAAAGCUGGUGAUGAAGUCCGUGAGCUUAUCGCCCAGCUCGAGAAGUCUAUUGCUUCUUACAAAGAGGAAUACGCGCAGCUUAUCAGCCAAGCUCAGGCUAUCAAGACCGAUCUCGAGAACGUGCAAGCUAAAGUGGACAGGUCCAUAGCGUUACUGAAGAGUUUGGUAAUAGAACGUGAACGAUGGGAAGCUAGCUCUGAAACAUUCCGUUCUCAAAUGAGCACGAUUGUCGGUGACGUCCUGCUUUCGGCCGCUUUCAUCGCAUACGGCGGAUACUUUGAUCAACAUUAUCGUCAAAACCUAUUCUCCACAUGGACGAAUCAUCUAGCCAAUGCUAACAUUAAGUAUCGGGCGGAUAUCGCUCGCACUGAAUAUCUAAGCAAUCCUGACGAGCGUCUACGCUGGCAAGCGAACGCGUUACCGACAGACGAACUCUGUGUAGAGAACGCCAUCAUGCUAAGGCGCUUCAACCGCUAUCCACUGAUCAUCGACCCAUCGGGACAAGCAACAGAGUUCAUAAUGCGCGAGUUCAAGGAUCGCAAGAUUACAAAAACCUCCUUCCUCGACGACUCCUUCAGGAAGAAUUUAGAAUCGGCGUUGCGUUUCGGUAACCCGCUACUCGUACAGGACGUUGAGAACUAUGACCCAAUACUCAACCCGGUGCUGAAUCGAGAACUCCGACGCACAGGCGGACGUGUUCUCAUUACACUUGGUGACCAGGAUAUUGAUCUCAGUCCUUCAUUCGUUAUCUUCCUAAGCACUAGGGACCCCACGGUCGAGUUCCCGCCGGACAUGUGCUCGCGUGUGACAUUCGUUAACUUUACUGUGACACGAUCGUCGCUGCAAUCGCAGUGUCUGCAUCGCGUCCUGAAAGCCGAGCGACCAGAUAUAGACACAAAACGUUCCGAUUUGCUCAAACUGCAAGGCGAGUUCCACCUUCGAUUGAGACAACUCGAAAAGUCUCUUCUCCAAGCAUUGAAUGAUGCCAAGGGUAAAAUUCUCGAUGACGACUCUGUUAUUGCUACCCUCGAAACACUUAAGAAGGAAGCUGAUGACAUCGGACAAAAGGUGGAAGAAACUGAUAAAGUUAUCGCUGAAAUUGAAACUGUUAGCCAGCAGUACCUACCGUUGUCUCAAGCUUGCAGUAGUAUUUACUUCACUAUGGAAUCGCUGAACCAAGUACAUUUCCUGUAUCAAUAUUCGCUGAAGAUGUUCUUGGACAUAUUUAGUUCAGUGCUUGUGUGCCCGUUAUUAAACGGUGUCACUGAUUACACCGCCCGGCUGAAGACAAUCACGGAGGAACUAUUUACUGCGGUGUAUGAACGCGUAGCUCGCGGUAUGUUGCAUACGGACCGAUUGACAUUCGCGCUGCUCCUGUGCCGUAUCCAACUGAAGGGUAUAGGCGCGGCGGAUACACUGGAACAGCCUUUCGCUGUGUUCCUCCGCGGCAAGGAAGGAUUCGUAUCCCACGCGCCACCCUCCGACCAUCUCACGCCGCAACAGCACGCCGCCGCUGCCCGCCUGGCUUCCAGAUUGGUAUCGUUCCGUCGUCUGCUGGAGAAAGCGGCGGAAUUGCCUGAGUUGCCAGCUUGGCUAGCGCAAGCGGCGCCCGAACAAUGCGUGCCCACACUGUGGGACUGCGAACCUGCCGCGCCCCCCGCAUCUCACACACUCGCCAUGUACCGGCUGCUGCUCAUACAGGCUUUCCGUCCGGAUCGUGUGAUAGCAGCUGCCACGCAGCUAGUGAGCGCGGUACUGGGACCUACUUUCAUGGCCAAAGCGGAGACUGAGCUCGAUCUCGCCGCCAUAACUGAAACUCAACUCAACGCCACCACUCCAGCGCUGCUAUGUUCCGUGCCAGGAUACGACGCUAGCGGUCGGGUGGAUGAUAUGGCUACAGAAUUGAACAAACCGUUAUCCAGCAUCGCUAUUGGCUCGGCCGAAGGUUUUAACCAAGCCGAGCGUGCCAUCAAUACUGCUUGCAAAUCGGGACGGUGGGUAAUGCUAAAGAACGUCCACUUGGCUCCUGUAUGGUUGGUACAGCUGGAGAAGAAGCUACACUCGCUGCAGCCUCACCCGAGCUUCCGUCUGUUCCUCACUACUGAAAUUAGUCCAAAAUUGCCCGUUAAUUUACUGCGUGCCGGACGUAUAGUGGUAUUCGAACCGCCUCCUGGUAUCAGAGCCAAUCUUCUCAGAACAUUCGCCACGGUUCCUGCUGCACGCAUGAUGAAACCUCCUUCAGAACGCGCUAGACUUUAUUUCCUGCUGGCUUGGUUCCAUGGUAUCGUACAAGAACGUCUUCGUUACGUACCUCUGGGCUGGGCCAAGUACUACGAGUUCAACGAGUCUGACUUGCGCGUAGCGUGCGAUACGCUCGACACAUGGAUCGAUGCCACUGCUAUGAGUCGUACUAAUCUGCCGCCGGAGAAAGUCCCAUGGGAGGCGUUGGUGACACUCCUGUCGCAGUGUAUCUACGGCGGCAAGAUAGAUAACGCGUUCGAUCAGCGACUGUUACAUUCCUUCCUCUGCAAACUUUUCACGCCUCGUUCCUUCGAGGCAGACUUUGCACUAGUAGCCAACGUUGAUGGCUUGCUGCAACAGGCGACCGGUAAUCAGCGGCACAUCACUAUGCCGGACGGCAACCGGCGCGAUCACUUCCUCAAGUGGAUCGAAGAACUGUCCGAUAGGCAGACUCCUUCUUGGCUCGGCUUACCAAACAACGCUGAGAAGGUACUACUAACAACCCAAGGCAGUGACCUUGUAUCAAAACUAUUGAAAAUGCAACAAUUAGAAGACGAGGAAGAGCUCGCAUAUAACGCUGCUACACAGGACGAUCAUUCGAUAGUGGUAGAGGGCGACGGGCGGCCCGCGUGGAUGAAGACAUUGCACCAGACCGCCACUAACUGGUUGCAGCUGUUGCCGCAAGAGCUGCCCACGCUGCGUCGCACUGUGGAGAACAUAAAGGAUCCUCUGUAUCGGUUCUUCGAGCGCGAGGUGGCCGCGGGCGCUUCCCUGCUGCAGCAGGUGCUCCAUGAUCUACGCAACGUCAUCUCUAUCUGCCAGGGUGAAAUGAAGCAGACGAACGAGACCCGCGCGAUGGUCGGCUCGCUGGUGCGCGGCAUGUUGCCGAGCAGCUGGCGGCGGUACGCGGUGGCGCGCGGCUGCACCGUGCAGCAGUGGGUGGGGGACUUCGCGCACCGCGUCACGCAGCUCGCCGCCGUCUCGCAGGCAGUCGCCGAGCGCGGCGCCAAGCGGCUGCAGAGUGUACCAGUCUGGUUGGGUGGGCUAUUGAACCCGGAGGCUUAUAUUACAGCCACGCGCCAAUGUGUCGCGCAAGCGAACUCUUGGUCUCUUGAGGAGUUGUACCUACAAGUGACGAUCCCUGAUCCCGGCACCCCGACGGAGAACGCUCAGUCGGAAUGGUCGUUCUCAGUGACGGGACUGAAGCUGCAAGGCGCCACCGUGCGCGGCAACCGACUCCUACUCACCAAUACCAUAAUGGUGGAUCUGCCGCUCACUGUACUCACGUGGCUACGCGGUCCUGAGCCAGCGGCUGCAGGUCAGUCACUAACUCUGCCGGUGUACUUGAAUAGUGCUCGCUCUGAGCUGCUGUUCACUGUACGAUUGCCCGUCGCACCUGGACAGGAACCUCAUGCCUUCUACGAGCGUGGCGUCGCAUUACUUACAUCUACUGCUCUUAACUAAUUUAUUAAUCCACUGCACUUGAAAACAAAGUCAGAGCAACUAAUUUUGGCGGCUCUGUUUGGUGACUAAAGAAAACUGUCACAGACUUAAACUUUUAGCUAUUUCAUGUAUUCCAAAUAUGUGCUUCAAAAGAAAUAUUUAUUUUAAGUUAAAAUGUGAAACACUACGAAUAUAAAACAUUUUAACAAUAUUGUGUAAGGAAAAUAUAUUUAUUGUAUUGUUAUUUUUAGUGCUGAGUUUCAAUUACUACAUCAAAUGUAUUUCAUGUAAUCGUUGUUAAUUUCAAUAACCACAAUAAAUU